AGGCGUAACAUCCGGGUGUUCCAACACACUGUUCUCGUAUGUUCGUAGUGUUUUUGGAGUCUUUUCGUUCUUUUGGAGCAGUUUUCCUUCAUGAUAAACUCAAACGUUGCUGAUUGCGCUUACUCUGCUUGGUUGGUGUCACGCAUGGGUCGGUUGUUUGUUAAAGAAUGCGAUUCAUUUGCUGAUGUUAGCAGUCUGGCUAAACUAGCAAGCUAGAAGAAGCGCUUGUUGUUUUGAUGAAUCGUUUCGUCAAAAUUAUCUGUAUUUACAAAAAGCCUCUGGGAUCUUUUGCCAAUUUUGAUCAAUAAGGCGCUUGUUCAUGCUUCUAGAGACAACAAAACCCUAGUCGGUAAUUAACUCCAAAGCGGCGUCUAGCCAAAUUUGUCCUCCGACACCGGCGGUCUCGGAGCCUUCGCUGCCCCCGCGGGGAUCUCCUAUUGUUGUCCCGCCGCCUCGAUCAACACGUUCGUGUCGAGCUGAAGAAGCUCUCUGGGAACCGGACCCAAUGCGUGGAAUGAUGGGAGCUCAGAGCAGUCCCGUGAAGAGCUAUGAUUACCUCCUGAAGUUCCUUCUUGUGGGAGACAGCGAUGUUGGAAAAGGGGAAAUCCUGGACAGCGUUCAGGACGGAUCCGCUGAGUCUCCAUACGCCUACAGCAGCGGGAUUGAUUACAAGACCACAACAAUUCUUCUAGACGGUAGAAGAGUGAAGCUAGAGCUGUGGGACACAUCGGGGCAGGGAAGAUUUUGCACCAUCUUCAGGUCGUAUUCCCGUGGAGCACAGGGCAUCCUGCUUGUUUAUGACAUCACCAACAGCUGGUCGUUUGAUGGGAUUGAUCGUUGGAUCCGGGAAAUCGAUGAGCAUGCUCCAGGUGUGCCCAAGAUCCUUGUGGGGAACCGCCUCCACCUGGCCUACAAGAGGCAGGUGCCAACAGAGCAGGCUAGAGCCUACGCAGAGAAGAACAGCAUGACGUUCUUCGAGGUCAGUCCUCUCUGCAACUUCAACAUAGUCGAGUCCUUCACCGAGCUUUCCCGCAUUGUGCUGAUGAGGCACGGCAUGGAGAAGUUCUGGAGGCCCAACAGAGUUUUCAGCCUCCAGGAUCUGUGCUGCCGCUCCAUCGUUUCCUGCACGCCGGUUCACCUGAUUGACAAGCUGCCACUACCCCACACCAUCAAGUCCCACCUCAAGUCCUUCUCCAUGGCCAAUGGCAUGAACGCCGUCAUGAUGCACGGACGCUCUUACUCUGUGACCAACAGCGCCACCUCUGGUGUGAACAGCGCUGGAAGCAAAGCUAACAGUCUGAAACGCUCAAAGUCCUUUCGGCCCCCCCAGAGUCCUCCCAAGUACUCGUCCUCCAAGGGGAACUGUAAGAUCUCGUAGUGGAGCGUAAAGCUGGUGCUGCCCUCGUGGUCAGUAUUCUGCUGUUCUUGCUGGAGGGAUGGCACAGCUGGAGGAGAGCGCAGAAGACUUCCCGCCAUCUUCAUCAGUUACAAAGAACUUUUUUGGAAAGCUGCAGUUCCCUUGGUUCUGCGCUUGCUGGUGCCGUCCUGUGGAUGUUGUUCUCCUGUACCCUUCCCUGCAGAGGCUCGCUCAGAUCAAGUAGAAGUCCUUGGGAUGGCAGGAUUAACCCCCCCUCCAGCUCUGAAGACACUACAUGUGACUCCACCCAACGUGGAGCAGGAUUGUGUGUUGUAAAGUUGUGACUGUGUGUGGAGGAUUGUCUGUGUGGAGGAUUGUCUGUGUCCAGAAUGUUCCGAUGUCUCUCUAUUCUGCAGCUAAUAUUUCCUUUGUGAGUAGACUUGGUUUGAUGGGGCUUUGGGUCAGUGGGAUGGGAUUGUUUUGCACACAAAUUCAGUUUGUAAAAACAAAAAAAUGUUAGCAUGUGUGUGGGGGGGCUUUGACCUUUUUCCCUCUGGGGGGGGUUCAAACCCACACGAUCCGUUGUAGUUCUGGUGGAGUUCAAUGUCACACUUUUGUACAGAUCCAUUUCAGUGUUUUAGAAGGUUCUCGAUAUUCUCAGGAUGUUUGUCAUGGUCGCGUUUUCUGAAUGCGAGGCGCCUGGAGCUCCUGGACGUGAACCGCUGAGUUUUUCCUCCUGCUGCUGUCGCUCCUGCAGCUCCGGAGGUCACAUCCAUGGCACCUCCUUCGUGUUAUGCAUUGAGACCAGGACAAUGGGCUACAAGUGUUUGGUGAACGUUCAAAGCACCACAGGUCUGUGAACCUUUGAUCGGCUUGUCUGGCAGAGGGCCGGGAGAACCGUCCUCCAUCUGAAUAAAGAGCAAAACUCCA